AAUCAUCCAUUAACGGUGUUUGUUCUUCCCUUGUUUUUAUUAUUUUUUUCUUCCUUCCCUUUGUCCCUCCUCAGCUUUCAUCUUUUGAAGAAGUGAAGAUUUGAACGUUAAACCAUAACUACCUGAGUCAGAUGGAGCAGCUCGUUAACUUCAUCAUUCGCCCUCCAAGAUCUGAGUAUAAUCCAGAAAAUGAUUUACUGGAUCAAGAGUUCAUGCUAAAAGGACAGUGGUUUCAAAGAAAGGACCUGGAGAUUACUAACAGUCGAGGAAACGUUCUUCAAUGUAGUCAUUACAUGCCUGUUAUUGUUCCUGAAGGAAAGGCACUUCCUUGUGUUAUAUACUGUCAUGGAAAUAGUGGAUGCAGAGCAGAUGCUAGUGAAGCUGCUCUAAUUUUGCUGCCUUCGUACAUUACAGUUUUCACCCUGGACUUUUCUGGAUCUGGACUCUCAGAAGGAGAAUAUGUUACUUUGGGAUGGAAUGAAAAGGAUGAUCUGAAGGCUGUGGUUGAUUAUUUGCGGGCAGAUGGUAAUGUGUCAUGCAUUGGUUUGUGGGGCCGUUCAAUGGGAGCUGUGACCAGCUUAAUGUACGGAGCUGAGGAUCCAUCAAUCGCAGGAAUUGUUCUUGAUAGUCCAUUUUCUGAUUUGGUUGACUUGAUGAUGGAACUAGUGGAUAGAUUCAAAUUCCGUUUGCCCAAGUUCACUGUGAAGUUUGCAAUCCAAUACAUGCGUAAGAUUAUUCAGAAAAAGGCGAAGUUUGACAUAAUGGACCUCAACACCAUUAAGGUAGCAAAGUCUUGCUUUGUCCCGGUUUUACUUGGUCAUGCCAUCGAUGAUGAUUUUAUUCUCCCUGAGCAUUCUGAUCGCAUAUAUGAGGCUUAUGUGGGAGACAAAAAUAUCAUUAAAUUCGAGGGAGAUCACAAUUCCCCACGCCCUCAAUUCUACUUUGAUUCUAUAGCUAUCUUCUUUCAUAAUGUUUUGCAACCUCCGAAGGAAGCAUUAGAGAGAAACUAUUUUGGGGCCACGCAUGAUUACUUUAGCAAGGGUAGUUGGACUGCAAUGCAUGAAAUGGGAUAUACAGACCAGAGUUUUUCCAAAACUUCAGAUGCAGGAUCAGCAGCAAACAGCACAGAAGAAGCCAUUAAACAACUUCGUGCCAUAAGACCCAUGAGUCGGACAGAGGUCCCUUCUGAUAUUCCCUGCAAAGAACAAUCUGAAGAGCAGAAGGAAGGAACUAAAAAGGAGCCUGCCUCAUCAUCUUCUGGACUAAUUAACUUCGAAUUCUCCAGUGGUGAUCUCUAUGGUCCACAUGUCCCAACCACGAUUGAUGAUAAUGAUGACGAGUAUGUGGAGUACCCACUUGACAAUAUAGCAGAUUUCCCAUGCAACACUGAAGAGGAAGAAAGGAUGCUUAUGGCAGCAGUUAUAGAGUCUUUAAAAGACAUGGAGAUCAGGCACCCUCACGAGGAGGAACAAUCAUCCAAUGUCGGCACCGGUUCACCUGAAUCUUCACAGGACAACCCUGAAACUUCUUCCACUACAGAGCCCUCUAGGCUCUCAACGACGGAUGACAGUUCCAUUUCUGCAACAAACAGCCAGGAUUUGGUACAUGAAAACCCUUCACUUGAUGCAAGUGAUCCCACAGUUGGAAGCAUGGGAACUUCUGCUAAUAGUGAAAUGUCAUUGAGCAAGCAGAAGUCGCCCACAAGUGAGAGCCCAGCAAAAGAUGUGGAUAUGUCAGGUGGUACACGAGCCACCUUGACGGUGGAGAGAAACCCUACCAGCAAUAUUAUAGAUGGAUUGACACAGAAAUGGGGUUUGAACUUCUUUAGGAACAAUUGAUGAAUUGAAAAAAUGGUGCAGAUGUGUCAUAAAAAAAAUGAUGUAUUCAUUGAAAGGAAAAAUUGUGAAGAUGUGAUUAGCUGUUGAUAUUAGGGUAUAGUGAAGAAAAUUAAGAUGUGAGGUGUGCAAUCUGUGUAUGUGGGAAUCAUAUUUAUUUAUUUAUUCUAUUGAUGAUUCAAAUUGUCUAUUCCAUCAA